GUUGCCACCGCCAAGGGAACUGGGAGCCUCAGUUGCAAUAGAGGGACACCCAGCCUUUUUCCUUUAAUGUCGUGGCAGUCCAGUCUGCAAUGGAUGAAUUCCUUGCUGCUGUUGGCUAACCCUUGUGCUGGUACCAAGGUGCCAUCCCUUGGAUGGAGCAGGCAGGGAGGGAUCCCAGGCCCACGGUGCUGGCGUUGCUGCAGCUGCCCUGAUUGCCUGCCUUGGGUUAUUUUUAUGAAUUACGGCAUCAAGUCCUUCCCUGUUUCAAUAUGGGCCACCCCCCAGCCCUGAGUGCACAGCACACACUCGGUGUCGGCGUGGCGGGGGAAGAGCUGGCAGGUGCUGCCGGCAAGAGCGGGAAUCACCGACAGGAGGUGAAUGUUGGAGCUGGCAUUGAGAUUGCAGUAGAGCCAUGGAACGUCUCACUUGUGCAAUGUCAUACAAAUCAGUUCUCAGGCCAACAAGUAGACUGGACAGAGCUGUGUGGUGAGAUGUGCUCCCCUGGCUGGGAGGGCAGCUCCUGAGAUUUGUCCCUGCACAAUCCCACCCAGACAGUGAGGUCACAGCAGGGCUGUGAGGUCACAGAGCCCCGUGGUCCCACAGCACCACAAUGACCAACCACUUGGUCCCUGACCACAACUGUGGCGGCGGCGGCGUUUGAACAAAAAUUACUGGACAGAGAUUGUAGAGCAGCGGUGUCAGGACAGGGGUGUCAGGACAGCGGCGGCAGCAGUAGCUGCCGGCCGGUGUGAGGGCGAGGGGCCAUGGCCCUUGCUCUCCGCCUCUUCCUCCUCCUCCUCCUGGCAGUGGCCCUGCACGCCAGGGCUGCCCAGGCUGCUCCGGUGCCAGCGCGGGGAGCAGAUGAGGGUGCUGGGAAUUCUUUUUCAGCAGCUUGGCUAAAAGGUGGCUUGGACUCCUUGGGGUCUCCCGCAGGAGUGUCCGCAGGGAGGACUUUUCCAGCUUCUGGGCUGGUUCCUCCACACAAAGCUGGCUCACAUCGUAGGGGUCCUCCAAGAGGCAGAAACCGAUCUCCAGGAGACAAACCAUCCCCGGAGGCACUGGAACUUCUGGACCAAAUGCUGAAUGAACUGGAGAGACGGAGAGAUGAGAACACUGGGAAUGCUUCUCCAGCAGCUUGGAUGGAAGAUACUUUGGGUCCCUCGGGGUCUCCUGCAGGGGUGUCCGCAGGGAGGACUUUUCCAGGUCCUUUGCUUAUUCCUCUGCACAAGCCCAGCUCACAUGGCAGGGGCAAGAGCCAACCUCCAGGAGAGAAAAAGACACUUGAGUCAAAUGAAGUUCUGAAAGAAAUUAUGAAGGAACUUCAGAAAGGGCGAGAGAUGGACCAAGGGGCUCUGUGGCAGGCGGCGUUCCCCGAAGGAAGCAGUGGCUCCGUGCCAGGCUCUGCUGCGGGCAGGGAGGCGAUGCCAGGCACGGGCACACGGGAUGAGGGUGCUGGGAAUGCGUCGCCAUUAGAUUGGCUGCAUGAAGUUUUGGAGCCCUUGCAGCCUCCUGCAGUUACAGGUGUGUCUGCAGGGAGGACUUUUCCAGCUCCUCUACUGCUUGUUCCAUACAAGCUAAACUCACAUCACAGGGGUCCUCCAGGAGGCAAGAGCCAACCUCCAGGUAAAAAGAAAUCCCAGGAGCCAUCUGAAGGCACGAGGCAAAUGCUGAAGGAAGUGCUGCAGGCAGGGCCUGAGAUGGACCAAGGGGCUCUGUGGCAGGCGGCGUUCCCCAAAGGAAGCAGUGGCUCCGUGCCAGGCUCUGCUGAGGGCAGGGAGGCGAUGCCAGGCACGGGCACACGGGAUGAGGGUGCUGGGAAUGAUUCUCCAUUGGAUUGGCUGCAUGAAGUUUUGGGGCCCUUGAUGUCCCCUGCAGGCGUAUCUGCAGGGAAGACUUUUCCAGCUCCUCUGCUGGUUGGUCCACACAAGCCCAGCUCACAUGGCAGGGGUCCUCCAAGAGGCAAGAACCAACCUCCAGGUGAAAAGAAAUCCCAGGAGCCAUCCGAAGGCAUGAGAGAAAUACUAAAUGAACUGGGGAGAGGUCAGGAUGCAGCUGGUGCCACAACACGUGCUCCCAAGAUCCAGGAGAGUGCUGGAAGAGAUUUCUGUCGAGGAACACGCUGCUUAAUUGUGAUAAUGGCAAGCAUGUUGGGUGGGCUGCUUGUCAUCAUGUCAUGCUGCGCUGGAAUCUGGUACUGGCGGGUGAGAAAACGGCAAGAGAGCAGCCUUGCUCCUGCUCCAGAGCAGCCAAACACCUCGGGCAGGAAGAGCAGGACCUCUCACCCUCACUCUUUGUACCCUUGUUCAGCUGCGUUGCCGCGGCUGCAGCACCUGCUUUUUGAUGUCAAGGUCCAGCUGCCAUCAAAACGUUCCUCUCUGCCUCUAAACCCACUGAUCGCACCCUAUGACGAGGACUGAAGUUGGUCCUUUCCUGCCCACCCCUUUUGUUCAAAUAAAGAUAGAUUCAGCAUCA